AUGUUCACCGCCACGAUCCUCUCAUCACUACUCGCAGCCACGGUGCUGGCCGCUCCCGCCCCUCAGCAAGAGUUCAACAGCUACGACGAGUUCCGCCAGCUCCUCCUCGCCGAGCCCGGUCGCCACAUGGAAGAGAUCGACGGCAUGUACGUCCUCCUCGACGGCGCCAAUGCCACAAUCGCGACCGCCGGGCCCAAGUACAACUGGGCGAUGCACACGGCCAUCGACGAGAAGCAGUGCCUGCAGUACUCCAAGGUACUCAUGCUACCGAACAACACCCUCAGCAAACCCAUGAACGAUGGUGCUCUCUUCGCUUUUUGUAACGGGGAGGCCUGCCUCACGCCGGGCAUGCCGGGGAAGUGCGCCACUAUCCACGGGUGCACACUGUGCAGCUCGAGGUCGGUUUGUAUCUAG